AAAGACUCCAAAUCUGCGAGUAUGUACACAAGGAAUGGGUUGAAGAUGUUAAAUAUUUCACAGUGCCCCGGAGAGUGUUUACAACGAGAGGGACCAAGCAGCUUUCCCUCACUCGGAUGGCUUCAGCUGUUCAGGAAAAUGGUCAGUCCCCUGUCAGCUUCUCACAUAACUCCACGAAGAAAUAUAAAGCCCCCAUGACAGCGUGCAUGGAUCUCAGGGCGAUUUUGUGAAGCCCGCUAUCAUCUGAUUCCGUCAGCCUCGGAUCAAUUCAAACCUCGAGGGACCAAUCAAGCAAUCUGAAACAAAUGCACUGCGUGGAUUAUCGUUACAAUAUCUUGGAUUCCGUCCUUUGAAAUGAGCGCAGUGAGUAUCCGUAAUCGAGCAUCUCCCAUAAAUUAUCGAAAGAUCACGAAGUCCAGACAGAGGCGUGGAGCUGCUGAUGAGCCCAGUGCAGUGGAUCGGUUCAAUUCAGAUCCGAGACCGUGGCAAGAUGUCGGCAUGUUGAUAAAUGCCGCCGCAUUAGCGAGAAGGCCUCAAUCGGACCAGGAAAAGGUACGACGUUUUGUCAAUCUGCAUUACCAGAGGACGGGGCAGGCAGGCAGGCAGACAGACAGACAGACGCGAACCUGGCUUUAGAUCGAUAGCCAUGGUCGUCGGAAGGAGGAAAGGCACCGAUCCUUUAGAAGAUCGAGCGAUCGAAGGUUUGUGAUCUUCUCUAAAUCUUCGAGGAUUCGCUUGCCAGUCAAUGCCUGCCAUAUCGCCGUCACCAGAGUGAGAGCAUUUAGCGACGUAACGGAGAAUCCUUCGUUUCAGCCAACGAGGUGAUGAAGUAGGCACCGAUGACGUAGUUGAGCUCGAUUCAGAAAUCGAAGGCCCUGUAUUCUUCUACCGAUUUAUCUCGACCAUUGCUCUACAAUCGGCAAUUCUCUAUAGAGCGAUGGUGUGAUUUCACCGAGAAAUGUAAAAGUUUUUUCACAUCAGGCUGGCGAAUCGCUUCUGAUCGCCCACGAGAAGCAAGAAUCUGAACCCUAAAUGAGGAUUUUUUAUCGACCUUCGACUUCGAUCUGGAAUCAGCACGGCUCGGCAGACUGGGAAGGAGAUUGAGGUCCUCUUCUCACGCAGAAUUUUCUGCCACAUCGAAUUGAAACAAAACCAGUGAAGCAGUUGGAUCGGACGGACUGUCAGUGAUCGACAAAAGAUCGAGCGGGAUCGAGAAUGGUAGCCCCGCAUGCGGAAGAUCGGUUCAGUGACCCGGACUGGUACUUCGGCAAGCAGUCGACGGACAUCACGCGGAGGUACGGGAAGCAGAUCCCGUCGCACUCGUACCACCCGGAAUUGAAGAAUGCGCCGUCGCCGUACCAUGUCAUUCCAUACCACGACAUGUCUGACAAAUUCAGGCACAAGCUCAUGUGGACGAAGCCGAGCAAGCCCAAGGAGGAUUACUACCACGGAAGGGUGGUAACGGAGAUCUCGAGCCCCACGAAGUUCCCAGAGCUCGCCACCGAGACGCCGCUCAUGCCGUGGCCCGAAUCGUCGAGGACGAUCGGAGAUCUGCGAUUCUCACGAUACGAGUAUCUGCAUCCGCUCGGCAAGACGAGGCCCGGCCCCAUGGACGACUUCGUGCCCGUGCUCAGAGACAAGAGGACGGGCGAGGUGAUCGGGACGCCAUCGCCGCCCCCUUCGAGAAAGGAAUCGCGUCGCAGAAUGCUCGGGCUGCUCCCCGACGGCUGCCAUAGCCCCGGCAGCCCCUGCAGGUCGCGAUCGCCAUCUCCGCACGGCGUCGACGACGAGGACGAGGAGGACUACGAGUCGAACGCUCGGGCGGCGGCGGCGGGGGCAGACGACGACGAUACCCCCAAGCCCUUCGAGGCUUACCACCCCGCAGCCACCCAGGGCUUCGGUAGCGCCGAGCCCCCUGCUGCCCCCGCUGAGAGGCCCUACACAGCCCCCGGCAGGCGCGAGUCGGCGUCGUCGCAGAAGCCCCGGCGCAAGAAGUCGUACAUUAGCGCCUUCGGGUCGAAGACUCUCCACAUGCAGCCCGUGGGGGGAAGGCCGCAACGGGAUCACGCCGACGAGAUGGAGGACAGGGAGUACGGUGGGGGGGCAGGGGCAGGGGCAGACUACGAGCCCCAGACCCCAGCCUCGUACCAGCAGGCCGAGGGUGGCUCGAGGGUGCGCUACAGUCUGGGCAGCAGCAGCCAGCGCGCGCAGCCCGUCGGGGGCAGGGCCUCGAUCAUCAACAUGCAGGAAUUGGAGCAGGCGCGACUGAGCUCUCCUCACUCGGAGUAUUCCGACGCUGCCACCUCCGACCGCAGCCACCACGUGAAUAAUGGGCGAAAGUACCCGCCUCAGCACCCUUCCUUCAGCCAAGCCCCCUCCAAUAGGCCCCGAGACGACGAGGCCUUCGGGCCGCAUAAGCACCGGCCCUCCAGAGACGAUCGAAGCACGCCUUCGUCGUCCGGUAGCCGGGGUAGCAGGAAACCGUCCGUGGCCCCCGAGUACAACCCGAGUUUGCCCCCCGAGGGCGAGAGAGGCAUCAGAGCUCAUAAGAGAAGUGGCGAUUCCAAGCCUCAGUAAUCCGGCAGCCUCAGAGCAGUUCCAUGGCGCUUGUCCGUGUCUUGCUCAAUCCGGGGCAUCAUGCAGGGCUCAAAUUUCAAGUCAUUCCCAGAGCUCGAUCUCGAUCGACGAUUUUAGCGAUUGCGAGUUUUGCCUCACAAGAUAAGGGACUCUGUCCCCACUCCGGUGACGAGUGUAUCAAUUUUGAAAGCUGUCAACUUCCCGUUUGUGUGACCUCGCAUCCCCAAGGUACGAGAGUUAUGGCCGAUGCACGGUCCCAUGGAGCGUACCACUGACCACAAGGUGUGGUGCGCUGAAAACACAAUGGCGGUGACUAGAGUGCACCGAGUCAGUUGGAGAAUUUGGUAGCUCGGAGAAUUUGAGUGAAGUUGCAGCACGGGUUCAGUUUGUGCAGUCUUAGUUCACGGGAGCCGUCUUAGCUUCGCUGAGGAUCUGAGAAGCCAAGAGGCCGAUCGAUGCUUAUCAGUCGAACCAGUGUAGAUCCGAGAGCCAGCUCGAUGGAUGGACAGAAAUUGGGGGCACCAUAGCCGACUGCCCACUGACCAUUCCCCACAACACCUCCUCCGAUGCUGAAACACGAUUGCCCGAUGCACUUGAACGAUGCCAGAACGUCGACUUCGCCAGCCUCUGAUCACCUUACGCUAGCCUCAAUCAUUAGGACUAUCCAGCCCCAACAUCAGAGAGCCAGAAUAUUUCCAGAGCAACUCCUCUUUCUGCUCGUGCUGUAGCAUGUCACGUGAGCACUCGUCUACAAUUGCAUUCCUGAUUGGGAAUAGAUAGGACCAGCAUUUACAGUUCGAGACCUGUGUACGCAGCACCUAAUCUCAUCACGAGUUGCACCACCUCUUGCUGACGCUGAGAAUUUCUCGAGAUAUGAUUUCUGAUUUAGUGGGUGGACAUGAUGCCAGUCGUGCUUGUAUCGCCAUGUCUUCGAUGGCAUGAAUUGUACAUAUUCAAAGCCUGACGUCUUGGAUUUCGAGAGAAAAUUCUCGAUCUUAUCGAAGCAUGCAGCAACUGCUAUCUUCUCCGUUAUCUCAUCGAUUUAUUGCAUAGCUCUCUUCAAAUCAGCCACUGAAGGUUUUACUUUCUGAAGGUGGAUGAAACGCUGUUCGAUACAAACUUAAAUUCCCAAAUCCGGGUACGAGACUGAUAUGGUGAUUGCUAUCAAGGAAGAAGUAGAGGACGCGAAUAUCAUGUCUGCAUGUAUUCGUGUACUCCACCUUUCAUUUGUUUACUUCGAGGAAAAUAUGUGCCUGGAGCAGCGCGUGGCUUCACAAGCUCGGCAUCAGCAGAACCCCGAGUCCAUUGCUCACGCCAUUAAAUCGAUUUGGUCGUGUUGAGCUGGAACUUAGGAGGGUCUCUUGUAAUAGCCCCAGAGGUGACGCCGAAAAUAAAGCCACGAGGACUUAGUAGACAUGGGACGAUGAAUUGAGCUCAGACCGUCUAUUCGGAAGACAUAGCGUAAUCGGAGUCGUUGAAAAUCGUUCCAGAAUUUAAAGUAUAGAUUCAAUGAACUUCAAGCCUUUUUUUGGUAGAAUUGUUUUUUAUAAAAAUGUUUGGAUUGGAGAUCUUGGCACGAUGAGCAUCGUCGUCAAGUUUUGUGUUCAGCUACACCGAACGAUACCUUCGGCAGCGUAUUGGUUAGUGAGGUAUCCUGAAACAUGGAGAGAGCAAACAUUCAAAUGAAAGUGACACCGAGAAUUAAAUGUGUAUGAAGAUCAACAGGUGCCAAAAAAUUAUCAAAAAGGAAAAUGUCCACAUUAGACUAAGAGAAAAUGGAAAAUCAGACUAUGAGCUAAGUAUCACCUAACCACAAAAGCAUGGCAGAGAAAGAUUUAAACUACUAAAGUUGUAGUGCAAGUUAAUGAAAUUUGAAUUGCAAUGACUUGUACAUUCUAUCUGUUUUGACUAAGAUAAGUGAAGUCAUGUUACUACUGACUUGGUAUUGUAUCUUCUUGGAUUGGGCGACAAGUGGAACGGGAGCUGCCAAGAUCUCCAAGUAUAUGACAAUCACCGAAACAGUCAGCAUUAUAAGACUUUCGUUAGCUUAUUCAAUAGCAUAUUGUAAACGUCAUGUUCCCACUAUUCUACAGUGAACGAAACCUGAUACCAGACAUUAAAAAUACAGUAGAUGAUGACAAUCGGAUGCUCAUCAUUUACAAACCGUUUGACCUUGACCAUUUUGAUUGUUAGAUUACACGGUAUCCAUUUAAAUACUACAUAGGCCUAGCCCCUGGUUUCCCAUUCCCAAACUUGGAAGGCUUGAAGAGGUUUUCACGUCCUGGUUUGCUGUAAUUCUACUUGGCCCCUUCUAAGGCGACUUGGUUUUCUCUGUUCCCCUUUGUCGGAAUUCAUUCCCAUCCUUUGUCAGCUUCAAAGGGUAGAAAACCGUACAGUAUUGUAAUAGAUACUUGCAAACCCUUCUGUCCAAAACGAAUGAGCAGUCGAUUCCACUUACCAAAGUUGCGGAGAUCAAGUCAUUGCCUGGUGAUGACGACGCUGACGAAGAUCAGGACCAGAGACAGAUGGCGCUUGAGCAUACAACCCUCGAAUUCCUGGUCUCCGAAUUCAUCCUUCAGUUUGGAUAUGACUGACACGCCAGAAGUUAGUGCUCGCACAACAUCUGUGUACAUUCCAUCACGACUUGGAGGUAAUGACACGUCCAAUGGUCGUGCGUUAAUCAUUUGCUGGCCUGAGACGCUGAAUGAGCUCGUGACGUCGAUGCCACCUAAUCGGUCUCGACGAUCUCGCGAUAUAUUUCAUUCCAGUCUUCUGUAGAUUAGAUCAAUAUCUACCAGUUGAUCAGAGCAUGUUUCAAAGCGGAGAUUUUUCAGCUCCUAAGGAUAAUUUACCCCUUAUACAAGACAACCAAUUCCCGAA